GGAAAAACUGAAAAGCCGUUGGAAUCAUUCCUUUGUGCUUAUUGUUCAACGCGAAUUAAUUGUUGCAUGUCACGGUUAAUGUGUCAAUAAAUUAAUAAUAUUAUUUAUAAAUUUUGAAUUUAUUAUCAUGACGGCAGAGAAAAUUCGAAGGAUUAGAAGUAAUAAAUCGCCGAGGAAGGAUGAAGACCGGAAACCAUGGAACCCUAAUUUAGAUGACAAACGUGGCCGUACUUUUACAAGCCAGCGUCAGUACGACAUUUAUACGGCUUAUAAAUUUUUAGAGGAAGAGGCCGAUCAUAUAAAGCGUUGCGGCCAACCCUUAAUUCCUUUUCCUAAAAUUCGAGAGCGUACAGCUGCGCUCUUGAAAUGUGGGGUAGUGAGCGUUACCAAGUACGUUAAAAUGGGUGAGGCAGGUAUACCGUUCAAAACACCAGGUAGAGUACGAACAAGAAAACGAAAGUACAGAGACGUCAGUAAUGAUGUAAAAGAACAAAUCCGGAAGUUAAUUUAUGAUGCUUGCGACAAAAAACGAUUUUUGAAAGACAAUCACGGUCGUGGAAUUGUUUCAACAAAUAAGGCAAAAUAA